AUGAACUGGCCACAAGCAGAGCCUGUGCAAUUAUGGGAUGUCAUGCAGCUCUACUCAGUGAUUGAUCGCACGAAGGAAGAUCGUAUCGUACGACGAGCGGAAGCCUCGGGAUGCAAGGCAAUCUUUCUCACUGCGGAUAGCCCCAUCCUCGGAGUCCGUUAUAAUGAGGUUCGGCAUGACUUCAAGCCUAUGGAUGGUCUCAGCUACCCUAUGAUUGAAAAGACAUCAUCCGAUGUGCAGGGUGAAAAGCACCAAGACGGAUUCAGUACAUUUGGCUCUAGCUCCCAUUCCUGGGCGAAAGAGAUUUCCUGGCUGAGGAGCAUCACAAAAAUGGAGAUCUGGAUUAAAGGAUCUCUAACGUCGGAAGACGUCAAAGCCGCUAUCGAGUACGGUUGCGAUGGCAUAAUUGUAAGCAACCAUGGAGGUCGGCCGCUUGAUGAGACACCUGCGACUAUCGAUGCACUCCCAGCUUGUGCAAAAGCUGCGCAGGGAAAGAUCAGAUUCAUGUUGAUGGUGGGAUCCGAUCGGGUAUCGACGACUUCAAAGCUCUAG